GCUGUACCUUCUCCAACCAACCUGUGCGAACCAUUUCUCAACUACACAUCAUGGUACAAAUGGCCUCCUCAAAGCUCAUCGCAGUAGCUUUCCUCUCUUCUCUUCUGGCCCUCCAUGCUCCGAUGACCACCGCAGCAAACUCCAACCUCUUCCGAGACUACAUCGGCGCCAUCUUCAAUGGCGUCAGGUUCACCGACGUGCCCAUCAACCCCAGGGUCCGGUUCGACUUCAUCCUCGCCUUCGUCAUCGACUACACCACCGCCACGGAGCCGCCCACCCCGACCAACGGCCGGUUCAACAUCUUCUGGCAGAACACGGUGCUGAGCGCCGCCGCGGUGGCCUCCAUCAAGCAGAGCAACCCAAACGUGCGGGUCGCCGUGAGCCUCGGCGGCGCCACCGUGAACAACCGGCCCGUGUUCUUCAACAUCACCUCCGUCGACUCGUGGGUCCAGAACGCCGUCGCCUCCCUGACCGCCAUCGUCCGGGAGUACAACCUGGACGGCAUCGACAUCGACUACGAGCAGUUCCAGGUCGACCCGGCCACCUUCGCCGAGUGCGUCGGCCGCCUGGUGACGACGCUCAAGAGCAGCGGGGUGAUCAAGUUCGCGUCCAUCGCGCCGUUCGACAACGCCGACGUGCAGCGCCAUUACCAGGCCCUGUGGGCGAGCUAUGGGAGCGUGAUAGAUUACGUCAACUUCCAGUUCUACGCGUACAGCGCCAGCACGACGGAGGCGCAGUACGUGACCCACUUCGACGACCAGAUCGCCAACUACCCCGGAGGGAACAUCCUGGCGAGCUUCACCACGGCGCCGACGACGACCUCGGUGCCGAUCAACACGUCGCUGAACGCCUGCCGGACGCUGCAGUCGCAGGGGAAGCUCUAUGGUAUCUUCAUCUGGGCUGCGGAUCAUUCCAGGAGCCAAGGGUUCAGAUUCGACACGCAGGCGCAAGCGCUGCUCGCCAACGCCCCCAGCUACUAGCUACCUUCAUUGUGGUCCUGAUUUUUUUUCAGCUGCAUUAAUAUUGAAUAAAAGUUCGUGGAUUAAUAUUGUUGGAGCAAGAAUGGGGGAUAAAAUUUCAAUUGUAAUAUGCAGUUAUGCUUUAUUUAAAUAAACUUUUAGCAGCUCUGAGUUUCGCUAAAUAAACUGUAAUAGUCUGUAUGUUUUCUUUA